AUGAUUGCCUCCUUUUUCGUCAUUGAAAAAGGGAAGCAGUCAUUGCUGGGAAGAGAAACGGCCAUUAAGUUGAAUGUACUACGGCUGGAACUGCAGGUGAACCAUAUCCAGGAGGUAUCAGUUUUUCCGAAGUGGAAGGGGGACAGAGUCAAAUUGGCAAUAAAUCAUAACAUAAAGCCAGUACAACAACCCAUGCGAAGGAUACCAGUCGCGCUGAAAGUCAAGGUUCGCGAUAAAAUCCAGGAUGCACUGAAACGAGAUAUCAUUGAACCUGUAAAUGGACCCAGUGCCUGGAUUUCGCCAAUGGUUCUGGUUUUUAAAGAGAAUGGGGACAUCUGA